AUUUUUUUACACUAUCUAAAAUAAAUAUUUACUAAGAUCACGAUUUUCGGGAGCUUGAAAAAAAUAGCGAUCUAUCGAUCUGCACCCGAUGAACGCAUUAUCAUACCCAUCACUCUCACAGAAUAUUUCCUAACGUGACUAUGUAAUCUGAUAAAAAUUGAGAGAUAGUGUUGAUGGUCCCUCCAUCGCGCGCAAUAGAAAUCGAUUUAUGUAAGAGGAUGAAACACUGCUGCUGACUCAUUCGACAUAGAAUACGUAAAAUAGCAAUUAAAUCAAUGCACCAAAUAAUUAAUUAGAAUAAUUAACUUUAAGAUUAAUUUAAGGUAUGAAAUGAUGCCUCGGAGAUGUUCGUAUAAAAGAGAUAUAUCUGGUGGAGUAUUUUUGUGGGUAUUUUUGUUAUGACGAUGUCCAAAGCAUCACAAAUAUCCCCUUCGGCGCCUUUACUCAUUCACUUGUUGAUUUUAUUCAUGAGUCCCUAUAAUUACACCGAGAAAGCCUCCCGCGUCGCCCUAAGGUCUGUAAGGUCAAGUAACGUUAAGUAGGGAUGCCAAUUAGUUUAUUCAUCAUUUCCUCGACCUGCCGAAAUGGUCUCUUUCAUCUACAUCUGGAUGAGGAGUGAUGCAUCUUCAAAUUAAUUCAUAAUCUAAUCAUUAGAGAAACGGCUCAACUCAGUCAACAAUUUCUUUCGUCGUUUUUAAAAACUUUUUUUAAAAAUUAUAUACUAGUGAAAAGACGGAUGGAAAAGGGGGAAAAUGCAUGACCAACGGAGAAAUCAAACGCGGCGAAGAUGGCGCCUGGCGAAUUUGAAUUAUAUUCCCGCGGAAAAUCGUGCUCCCUAACCUCCGGUGCGUGAGAAGAAAAAACCACUCAUCUGUUUGAUAACGAAGAAAUGUUGAAUUAUUACUGCGAUGUUCUCAACAAAAAAGAGAUUAAUAGAGAGAACUGGAUAUAAUGACGUUGGCAGAUUCGAGUAUUUGAAAUUGCUGACAAUAGAAUUUAAAACAACAGCAUCUGCAGAAGCGAAACGUCAAGUUCUGGGAAAUCUCGCGAAUUUUGCUUACGAUCCAGUUAAUUACCACUACAUCCGGCGAUUGAACAUAAUUGAUCUGUUUUUAUAUGUCCUCUCCGAGAGUGACACCAUCCUGGUGCGAUUUGCUAUUGGAGGACUCUGUAAUUUAUGUUCAGAUCCUGUGAACAGGGAGUUCAUUUUACGUAAUCGUGGUGUCUCACUGGUAUUGUCGUUAUUACGAUCACCCGAUGAAGAAACUGUCCUGUCAGCAAUAACAACGCUUAUGUUUUUGGUAACAGAUACCUCAAGGAGUGACAUUAUCACUCCUCAAUUCAUCCAGCAAUUGGGGAUAUUUAAAAAUUCAACAAAUCGGAGGAUUCAAAAUUUAGCCUCGAUUUUUUUGAAGGAUUAUUGUAAUGCAGGAGGCAGUGAACAAAAAAUGUUUCAACGAAUCAAAUUCCCCGAACAAUUGUUCAAUUCUUGGGUGAAAAUGAGGAGCAUUAAUUAUGGGGCACUACCUAAUUUAAUAGUUGGGUCAAAGGUAUCUGUAACGAGACAAGUAACAAAGAACGACAUAAUCACGUUUUGUCAAUUAACAAAUGAUUACAAUCCAAUUCAUACGUCUGAAAAACCGAUUGUUCAUGGGGCACUACUGAACGGAUUCCUAUCUGGAGUUCUAGGAACAAAAUUACCGGGUCCUGGUACGAUAGUACUUGAACAACAAUUGCGUUACAAAAAUCCUUGUUAUGCUGGAGAUAAAGUUGAGAUAAUAGUUGAAGUACUAGAGGUUAGAAAAAUAAUUAAAUGCGGGUACAAACUCGUGGCUAAUGCCGAAAGGAUUGUCCUGGAGGGCGAGGGUAAGUUUAUUCUCACCCGAGUCGGUGCUGGAGGCCCUGAGGCAAGAAUGUAG